GUUAAGGGUAUAAGCAUUUAUUAAGCGCCUUCUAUAUGCUAACCGUCGCGGAUACAUCAAAAGGCCAGUCCCUGCUUUCAAGGAGCUCACAGUCUACAGAGGGGAGACUACAUACAAACAAUUACGUACAAAGAUAUAGACAGAAUAAAUUAGCGCUCAUUAACACAGGGAAGGGAGUGUGCUUUGGCUCACAAAUUCCAGUCCUUUUCCCCGGCCCGUAGAAGCCUAAAAAUGUGUGUGUUUGUGUCUAAAACGCCUGCAGGACCCUUACCCACGUGCAAUAAAUGGGGACUAUUUCUUGAGCAGCUUCUAUUCCUGUGGUGGGGUUUUCUGGGUGUUAAAAACGGCAAAAGAACAGAGAGGGUCAGAGUGACCCGGGGAGGUGGAAGGAGCCAGGACUCCAAGCCACCUGGAGACUGGACAGGUUUUCCCUCCGGUUUCCUAAAGGGAGUGGCCGAUCCUAAAAGUCGGAAAGAGCCGGCCUAAAUUCCCAAAGUUGCUGCAAAGAGACGGGGGGUGGGGGGAGUGGGGGGAGAGGACGGAAGAAGUGAGGGAGGCCGCCUCGCUGGGGGCCGGGGCGGGGAUCUGGGGGGAAAGGGGUGUGGCGAAGGGGCUCGAAAGAGCGAGGGGGAGGAGUGGAAGGAGGAAGGAGAGAGGGCGGGGAGGACUCUGCCGGACUAGGCUUGGGAGGAGGAUGGGCUAGACGGGGAAAGGAGGGCGGGAGGCUAGCAGUGGCAGGAAGCCGGGAGCGGGCCGGGGGCCAACCGCGGGGAAGCGAGCACAGGAUCGAGCCUGGCUGUGGGGAGUUGCGGCGGCAGCGGGAGGCGGAGCCGGGGCUGCCUCCGCUGCUGCUGCCCCCCUGUCGGGGUGAGCCGUGGGGUAUAGGGCGCCCGCCCCGGGUCUCCCUGCACUGCACCCCUGGGGCUGCAGCGGGCGAGGCUCCCUGCUCCCCCGGCCGCCGGGUAGAUGACGUGGACCAGCAGCAUGAGCAGUGGUUACAGCAGCCUGGAGGAGGACACGGAGGACUUCUUCUUCACCGCCCGGACCUCCUUCUUCAGACGACCUCCUCAGGGCAAGCUCCGCGCCGGCAAGCAAACUAAAAGGGGAAGUUUCACUCGGUCAUGUGUGACUCCUGAUAGUGUUUCCCCCUUUUGCUUGGAGAAUUACUCAACUCUGACCGGAUAUCUCGAUUUCAUCUACUCACAACUGCCUGCUCUGUGCAAGGAUGUUGAGAAAGAAAAGGAAACCCACAAUUAUCUCAGCACAGAGGAAAUCAAAGAGAAGGUUCACAACUACAAUUUAGCUGUUACAGACAAACUGAAGAUGACUUUGAAUUCCAAUGGGAUUUACACUGGCUUCAUCAAAGUUCAGAUGGAAUUGUGCAGACCUCUCAGUGUGUGGACUUCUCGGAACCAAGAAAAGCAUGCCUUCAUUAAUAAUGGCUGCAUGAAUACCCUUCACAUCAGCAGCACCAACACUGUCCGGGAAGUUAUUGAGGCCUUGCUCAAAAAGUUUCUAGUGUCUGAAAGCCCAGCCAAGUUUGCACUUUAUAAACGUUGUCACAAGGAAGAUCAAGUAUACACGUGCAAGCUGUCAGAUCGAGAACACCCCCUUUAUCUGCGUUUGGUAGCAGGCCCAAAGACAGAAACUCUGAGCUUUGUUCUACGUGAACGUGAAACCGGAGAGUGGGAAGCCUUCAGUCUUCCUGAGCUACAGAACUUCUUGCGGAUCCUGAACAAGGAAGAAGAUGAACAGCUGCAGAACCUUAAACGGCGCUAUGCAACUUAUAGACACAAACUUGAAGAAGCCCUCCAAGGAACAUGGAAGCUGGAUUAAACAUCAGCCUCAAAACACUCAGGAAUAGUGCAGGCUACUUAAAAAAACAAAACAAAAAUUAAAAAACCAACAAACUCAGAUGUAGCAUGCUCAGUACAAUCGACAAGGCAGCCACAAGUGUACUCUUUUAUUAAGUGAGCUGGUUUACAGUUUUGUGAUGAGACAGGGUACCUCUCCCCAACUUUUAUAUUUAGUUCCAUUCAGCACCUGGCCCCUAUGACCUGUUUAAGGGACCUGGAAGCUUAUUAAGUUUUGAUACCACCUCAGAAUCCUCUGUUGGUGGGUAGUAUCGCCCCUCAGCAGGCUAUGACUCUGUGGUAGAUUGCUAACAGAACUCAAGGAUGCUUUGAAAUAUGAAGGACAUGGCUGUGACUUUUCCAUUUACUUUUUAAAAAUGGCUUUUAGCCUAACAAUCUACAGAUUGGUUAUUUUUUUUAAACUGAAAGAAAAAUCCAAUCUGAAUAGUUUUAAGCAUAUACUGUUUUUCCUAUUGUUAAACAGUUUAUAAUUUUGCAUGAAAAUAACUAUUUAUAAUGGAAGGCAUAAGGAAGCUAGGAACUUUUGAGAAAAUUUGAAAGGUUUUCAAUGGAGUGUAGACCUAAGGAAAGAAAAAAGUAAGUUAGAAAGAAAGUAUGAGCAGAGAUGGAGAUUCUUUGGUAGCCAGCGAUGGAAUUGUGAAGUUUGGUUAUGAUGGAUAAGAGGGAUGUGGAAUUUGCUUGUAACUCACUUUUAAAAUAAUACAGUUUUUAAGGUGUAAUAUGUUACAUAUAGGAUGACUUGAUUUCUUAGAGGAGGAGAGAUUUAGGGAAACAGUUAAUGCAAGGGAACCAAGAAAAGCCAGGUUAGUCCUGAGCUUGCCAUGAAAAUUAAGGGGGGCCAGGUACCUUAUAAACCUGGAUCUUUGUCUAAGGAGAGCAGUACCCCUCAGGGAACUUGGGGUGACCUACUUCUCUCCAUGAAUCCAAUAGGUGUAGAAAAUGGUGGGUCUGUUUGGUGCAAUAUCUGUAAGGAAACAGACCUAAAUCAAGAGAAGCACAGACCAGUUCCCAAGAAAUGGUGAAGAUUUCGAUGAUACUCAAUGACGUUCGCUUAGUAUUUUAGAAACUUGUGUUGCCAUUCUUCGGCUUCUUUUAUAUGAGGUUGUUUCCUAGGAAGGUCUGUCUUUGUCCUUAGCAGAAAAGACUAGAGGAAAGGACCUAUUUCACCAAGGUGCAUCUGAUUCUUGUUUUCUAGGUUAAGACUAAAGUAUUCCAAGUCCUGUGGAGCAUCCAUGAUCAUUCUUCCUCUCCUAUUCUCCCUCUGUUUUUCCUUUUCCCCUCUUUGGCGUCUGCAAUAUUCCAAUACUGAACCAGCAUGUGUUUGUUAUGUUGCCAAGUUCUCCCCUCCCCACCCGAACCUCAGAGCAUGGAAGGGAAAAGGAGGGGAAAAGUUUGUAUUUGACUGCUAAUGUAACCGGUAUUCAUACAGAGACGUUUAUUUAAACUACAGAUGCUUGUUCCAACCAACCAAAGAAGGUGGAUGGGUGUGCAAUAGAAGCCUUCGUAGAACAGAAUCAGACUCAAGUAACUAGAAUAUAUGGUUUAUUCCAGUGGAAACAUGAGAAAAUAAAAUUUACUUAAGUUCAAGAGGGCCUGUGCAGCCCAUUUUUACUCUAGACGUUUAUUAUAAAUUCCCAAGGAAUUGUUAACACGUUAGUGACACCUAAUGGCUUCUUUGUGAAACUCCAAGGUGGUUCAGUCCUGUGCCUCUUAAUCUGCAACCUGUGCCUUCCUCUUCUCAUCUCUGGAUUUUCAGGCUGACUUGAUGAAGAACAAUCAUUCUGUCCUGUUUGUGGGUUAUGCAGUACUAAACAAGUGACUGAGACAAUCGUAUCUUCUGAAACUGUUAAGUUUUUUUUUUUUCUCCUUAAACGUAGAAUGAUAUAAAAUAUGUUUUCCACACCAUGUCUGUUUAGUUUGCAUGAAACUAUGUAGUUGCAUGUAUGAGGUUUUAAGUGACAUUAUCAACAGACACUUUACUGUAAUGUUCAGGGAAUAUUGUUAUUUUCUUUUUAUUAUUCAGACCACAGCCUGGGUUUGAAUUUUCUUUUAGCAGCCACCACCUGAGUUUUGACUAAUCAGACCCUUGCAAUGAAAAGUUUUUAUUUCAUAAAGCUCCAGUUUGAAUGCUCUUAGGAUCUAACAGUGGUAGCUGAUGGGUAUCUGUGAAUUACCUUUUUUUUUUUUUUUUUUUUACUUGAAGUAGAUUGUAAAAUAGGCAUUCUCAUUUUAUAUUAUCCAGAAACCUCAGUGGUUGUUUUAUAUGCACUACAAGUCAUGAUUUGGAAAACUUACUGUAUUGAAAUUUGUAGAUCUAGAAAGUCUGAUUUUUUUUGUGUGUGUUCCCCCUCCCCCAUUCCCCCCAACACUGGUUACUGCAGCAGCCUUUAAAUAUUUUUAAAAAAAAAGAAAAGAAAGAGAAUGUUUUUUAAAAGGUCUAGCCAAAGAAAUGUUUGAGUUUAUUUUUUAUCAAUUGUUAUAUUAAAUGGCCUAAGCUUUGCUGUAGUGUUGUUAAUAUUCAUGUAUGAUGGUACAGGAAAGAGGUUGAAAUGAGGUGGUGGGUAACGCAGGGAAGCAUUUUAAAUUGUAAAACUAAAAAAUUUUUUUUUUUUUAAAGUUAUACUAUUUAUAAUUUUGACGUUUAAUUUUAUUUUUAUAGGGAAACUGCUUUCCCCUUAAAAUUGUUUCUGAAAUGGCGAAUUGUGGUUCCACUUUAAUAUUAAAGUUGCAGUUGUUGUUUGUUUA